CGACGCGCCACCAAGCCGGCGUCCUCCACCACCUCCACCUCCAACUCCCACUCGGGCUCCACGGAGGACGCCCGGGACACCUCGCCACAGGUAUAUACUACAUUGAACAAGAACUACGGCCACAAGCGGCGACGCGCCACCAAGCCGGCGUCCUCCACCACCUCCACCUCCAACUCCAACUCGGGCUCCACGGAGGACGCCCGGGACACCUCGCCACAGGUAUAUACUACAUUGAACAAGAACUACGGCCACAAGCGGCGACGCGCCACCAAGCCGGCGUCCUCCACCACCUCCACCUCCAACUCCAACUCGGGCUCCACGGAGGACGCCCGGGACACCUCGCCACAGGUAUAUACUACAUUGAACAAGAACUACGGCCACAAGCGGCGACGCGCCACCAAGCCGGCGUCCUCCACCACCUCCACCUCCAACUCCAACUCGGGCUCCACGGAGGACGCCCGGGACACCUCGCCACAGGACACGUCGAGCGAGUCUCCCCACCAGCACUACGAGAAGCCGCUGGCGCCGCCCGCGCAGUACGUGCCCGUGUUCGCGCUCAACUCGCUCGGCAAGUACUACGUGCCGCUGAGCGUGGACUACUCGUGCCUGGCGCGGCACCUGGGCCCCUACGACGUGCUGGACGCGCGCGCCGCGCAGCUGGCCGCGCCGCUGCACCCCGUCACCAUCCACGUGGACUUCCAGCCCUGCCUCAACUACCACGUCAAGCGCGAGCCGCACGAGCGCGACUGGCGCCCGGUCUGAGCGGCCGAGCCUUCCUGCCCCACUACACUACAGCUGUCGCUGGUGGGUUUAUCUGUUGACUAACAAUUAAGAAAGCUAAGACGAGAUCCGCCAGUCAAUUACUUUGAGAAACGCGAACGUUGCGACUCCGAAGCGCCUCACGCGGUAUUAUGAUGGUUUGAACGGCCGAACUUCGUCUACCAAACUGAGCGUCUUACGGGUGAUACCUAUAGAGGUACCGCUGAAAAUGGUGAUUGAGUUAUUUCUACUUGUUGGAUAAAAACGCAAGGCAUGUGAAAUUGAAUUUUCAUAAACAAUACAGCUGUUAACUGGCAGACAACUAUGUUAUAUUACGCCAGAGUGACCGCAAAAUCCAUUAGUCAUGCUGAGAGAAAAUAACGCAAAGCAAUGGUCACAGACUAUAAGGUCGCAUCAAGACCAAGAACGGCAACAACAGUGGCUUGGAGAGAAAACGAAAGAACCACUAAACACAAUCACGUCAUCAUUCGCUUGCCCUUAUCCCAUACAUUCGGCGCAGCAUGUCUUUUUCUUCCAUACCUCUCUCUCGCCCACCUCCAAAUACAACCACAAUCAUAUUCAAUUAAACUUGCUGAACCUGCGAAGUUCAAUACAUACUCCAUACCUAUGUAACGCGCUCAACACGAGAUUAUUGAUUACAGUAUAAAUGCAGUGCUUGGAAAACAAAUAGACGCUUAUGUAGACGAUAAAGUGACGGUCUAGUGCAAAGACGAUUUUAAGUUUAACGGUAGCGGAUUUAAGUAAUUUAAGAAUUUUUAUCUAUUUUUAUUCGGUUUAGUGUUAAAGUGACUUUGGGGACAAAGUGUUGAGACAAAAGGGAUGGGAGUAAUAUAGUGUAAGUACAUAUCGAUGACAAUAAUCGAUGAUCGGUUCGUGGAAUAUUAAAGUUUAAGUUUUGACGAAUAGCAGUCGCUUUACAGAACCACUCAGGGCUAUAACCGCGAAAAUCGAAGUUCGUCGAUUGCGGGCAUCGACCUCUGUCACUCUAAUUACGUGUUAGUGAGAGUAAAAGAGAAAGAUCCCCGCAAUUUGCGAAUUUCGGUUUUCGCGGUAGGCCCCCUGUUUCACAAAACUUGUAACGCUUCGUAACCAUACCAGUGUAUGUCUGACCUGCAAAGACGCAUCGAUGCGUAUCUCAAAUUUUAAAUUAAGCUAACAAUACCGACCUACUUAUUUAAAAAGGAUCGAAACAUCUCGCGAGUCGACGAUAUCAUUAUUGAUAUUUUAACCUAAAACUUAAAAAGUAACAUACCCAAUGUUAAAAUAGUUUUUUCCACUAUAAUAUUUUUAUCUUCUGAUUAUCAUAUGUCAUGCGAAACGAUGAGUCUUUGCAGUCUUUAAGAUGCUGUCCCUGAUUAUUAUACUUGAAUUUCAUAAUAAUAUUUGUAUUAAGAAGUGGUGAAACGGGUUUUAAAAUUAAAUGUUAUUUUAACAGAUUGUUAUAAAUGCAAGUACUGUGUACCUUUUUAAAGUAACUAUAUCAUGGUAUAUUUCAAUUGGUAAUUGCAAUGUACUUAUAAGAAACACUGACUGUACCAACUUCCAAUGUUAAAUGUUUGGAAAAAUUUAUACGUAAAUAUUUUAGAAUUGUUGUUUAAGUAAGUGUCAUGUUAAUAUUUAUUGUUAAUAUUAACUCAUUCCAAAACAGAUAUGCUAUUUUAUUUACCUUUGGUAUGUUUGUCUAGAAAUAGAAAACGCGUGACAGCUUUCAUUGGCAAUAUGCCUCUGCCCAAGCUGUAAUUUUAUAAGCUUUUAAGGAAGAAUUUCAUUAAAAUGUUACAUUAUUAAGGGCUUUACUUUGUUUGCAUAUUAAUUGGUUCCAUUGUGUAACCAUUUAAAUGUAUGGCUCUAAGAUCAUAACAUAAAGGAAUCGACUUAUUGUGGACGAAUUAAGAUCUAAGUUAAGGCCUUAUAAUAUCUACAAAUAUAUGUACUUCACACAUUUAAAUAUAGGUAAGGUGUAUACGGGUAAUUCCGAAAAAAAAAAACACUUUAAAAGGGGCGGAUAAUUCCGAAAACGGACUCUUAUUACAACGGAAUAUGAGCGAUUUUUAAAUAAUUUUCGGUAUUUCCCAAUUUCUGGAACUACCCGAAUAUACCUUAGAAGUAAAGUUAAUGAUUCUAGUUCUUAGUUAUGGCUGUGAACCAACGGUAGUAGUCAAAGAGCGUUAUUUUAUAUGACAAAUAAUUUGUUGCAAUUGGAUAUAGGCGAUUAAUUAAAAUUACACAAAGUACACGUUUUUUUUAUUACAGGAAGAGACUAAUUAUUUAUUAAGCUGAUACUCUGUUGUCAUCUUGUUGAAUUUCGAGAUAACAUUUUGACGGUAUUAUUAAAAGUAGAGAUAUAUAAUAUUAUAUUAGGUAUAUUGUUAUCUCGUUGUACGGGCAUUUUCAGAAAAAAGUGUACCAUGUAAGUACUUUGUUUUAAACCUAACAAAUUUUGGUUUAUUUCUAUUCCGAAUCUCGAACACUAUCGAUUUAAGCAAUAAAAAUGUCUCCCACAUUUAAUUAUCAGUUUUGUAACGCAGUUAACCAUACAUGUUAUAUGGACAAUGAAACUUGUAUAAUAAAUUUUUGUAUGGAAAAUUAAGGAUAAGAUGUUUUUGACUCUGACUAUAAUUAAUAGGUACAUACUCACCCCACUUUUGUAGAACUGCAAAUAUUUUGUUUAGCCUGAUUGCAACAAUGAAUUUGUUUUUAUCUAUAUUUUAAGAAUAAUUCAUUAUAUGGAUAUUUUUAUAUGUGUACGAGCAUCUACCACAAACUACUGAACUAAUAUGUACGUUUUAAGCCAGGCCUAUUACUGUUAACGCCAUGUUUUUACUCUCCCAGAGCGCUCACUAGAUGGCGUGCGUGACGGUGUUAACUGUUAAGUGAAGGGCAAACUUAAAUCUGAGCGACUCUACAGAAAUUGAGGUGCAUUAUCAGUCCUUAUUACAUUCUAAGCGUCUACCGCGAACCACGUUCGACGUGUUGCGUCUCUGUCGCACUUGUAAAUUCGUACGUAAGUGUGACAGGGAGGCAACACAUCGCCUUUGAACGCCAUUCUUAAUGUGGGGCGCGUCAUAGUGAACCUUAUCUGAGUGCACGAAGAUUGUUAUUGGGCUGUAGGCGCGCGGGUCAGUUGACGUCUUAGGGUUUGGGUUAUAGGGUUUGUCCUUCACUGAACAUGUUCCACGACUUCCACGAGUGUACGCUCUAAGACUGAGUUGUUAAUCAUAACAGAGUAAAGAUGGAUGUACUAAGUAGUUAGGAAAUACGUGUCAAAUGUAUAUUCGAUGUUGAGUUGAUUGUAAUAGAUAUUUUUGUAAAUACAGUUAAGAAUUAUACGUUAAUAUUUUACGAUAAA